AUGUUCUUCACACCAAAGUUGUGGUUGGCCUAUCUUAUGCCAAUGUUUGGUGUUCUAGCUCAAGGGUACGAUGUGAUAUUGAUUUUUGGCAAACAUGGCCGGCUGACUGGGGUGAGAUCUCCCAAGUAUGAUAAUCAGCCAUCUGAGUUAGAUGUACUUAUUGCAUUUUCUGUGAGGAAGACCUUAUCUGGAUCACGGCUGUUGGAGCCCGCAACAGCUGAGCACUUGUAUCAAGCCACCAUUUAUACUCGCCUAUUAUUGAUCAUCAUCUGCCUGUCCGUCAUCCAGAUCCCCGCAUUCGCCUAG